AUGGCGCCUGACAACAGCAGAGAAACCGAUCAUUCGGAUAAGGCCACGACGCCUUUGGUCCAACUGCAGUCAAAGGACCACGAAGAGAUUCUGAACGUGAUAGAUCAACUCAGGUCGGAGGGUAUAAGUAAGUAUAUUAACCUUCCACAGUUGAUUGUAUGCGGCGAUCAGUCUUCCGGCAAGAGUUCCGUUUUGGAAGCGAUUUCUGGCCUCGCAUUCCCGACCAAGGACAAUGUUUGUACCCGAUUUGCGACCGAGCUUAUCUUGCGACGAGCACCGGAGACCAGUGUCACUGCUUCUAUUCACCCAGAUGACGAUCGGACAUCGGCUGAAAAGGAGCGAAUCCAGCAAUUCAAAUCAUCCACCAUCGAUCUGCACCAAUUUGCUGCAAUUGUCCGAGAUGCCGAGAUAUGCAUCGGGGAGGGUAGGGACGGCCAUAUAUUCUCCAAGAAUGUGCUUCGCGUUGAAGUAUCGGGUCCAACACAGCCUCAUUUGACCCUCGUUGAUCUUCCCGGGCUCUACCAUGCACCCGACGAGUCGCAGACCGCCGAAGGGGUCGAGUUCGUGGAAUCCUUGGUCCUCUCGUACAUCCGAAACAAGCGCAGUGUCAUAUUAGCAGUGAUCUCUGCUAAGAGUGACAUAGCGCUCCAGAAGGUCACUGCAUUCACACGCAAGGUUGAUCCGAAUGGUCACCGAACCAUGGGCAUCAUUACCAAACCAGAUACUCUUUCGGGAGGUUCUGACAUGGAACAAUCCUUCCUCAACCUCGCAGGGAACAAGCGAGUGGAAUUUCGGCUUGGGUGGCAUGUUCUCAAAAACAGAAAGUAUGAGGAACGUCAUUUCUCACUUGACCAGCGCCGUGACUCCGAGGCAGAGUUCCUUGCCAACGGUGUGUGGGCCUCAUUGCCGCGCUCGCAGGUUGGCAUCGAGUCGCUAAGACCGAGACUGAGUGUUAUCUUGAAGGAUCAUAUCAUCGCCCAACUACCAGGCCUGAUCACCGAAACCCAGCAGUCUCUCGAAGAGACUGACGCCAGCCUGCAAAGACUCGGAGACGCACGCCAGACAUUAGCCGAUCAGCGUCGAUACCUCUUGCACAGCAGCGAGAGAUUCAGUGGUCUGGUCGGCUAUGCCAUUAACGGAGUCUAUUUCGAUCCUUUUUUUGGAGACGCGAUGGAUGACGAAGGCUACCAGCGAAGACUCCGUGCCGUGGUCCAGAACCGCCUAUCCGACUUCUCCAAGACUUUAGAAGCGAAAGGAAUGCAGAAACAGAUCAUUGACGACGAGGAUGAAGAUAUGGUCCUCGAGGAAGGCCAAAUAUUCCGCUCUGCGUACAUGGACGAAGUCCAGCAGCGGAUGCGGCGAAGUCGAGGCCGCGAGCUGCCUGGAACAUUCGAUCCUCACAUUGUCGGCGAUCUGUUCUAUCUGCAAUCAAAGCCAUGGGAGUCGAACGUGAUGGAUUGCAUUGAUAUGCUGCUGAAAGACGUCCAGAAGGCUAUCAAACCCAUCAUCGAAGACAUCCUCGACGAGAAAACCAUCACGGGACUGCUGGAAUAUAUCCUCAAUCCAGGUCUUGACAAAAUCGAGGACUCAUUACGGGUCAAGACGAAGGAACUUCUCAAGCCUCAGCAAUCGGGCCAUCCAAUAACCUAUAAUAACUCCUUCACCGGAAGUGUCCAAAGAGCCCGGAAAGAGCAUUAUCAGAGGUCGAUUCGCGAAAAGCUCCGAGAAUUUUUCGGUAACAGGUACCCCAGGUUUCCAUCGUCGGAGACCUCGUUCGUCUUUAGCAUGGACAAUCUGAUCAACGCCCUGGGCACGCAAACAGGAGAUGACAUGGAGCGAUUCGCGUGCUCCGAAGCGAUUGACUGUAUGCAAGCUUACUACGAGGUCGCGAGGACGAAAUUCGUCGAUGAUUUCAGCAACCUAGCGGUCGAGAAGUGCCUUCUGGAACCGCUGGCCGUCAUCUUCUGUCCCAAAGUUGUGGAUACAUUAGCCGAUGGCGUGGUCGAAAACAUCGCCGCCGAGGAUGAGAGUUCGAAGCUUGACCGCGCACGGCUUCUGCACAAGCGGGUCAAGCUGCAGGAUUCUUUACUUCAGCUUCAUCGCCUGGACCGCCACAAUGUGACCGGCGCGAAGGGAAGCCCUCAUCUCGACGACGAAGGCGACGACGACAACGACAGUCCAGCCGAUGGACCCGAAAGCACAGAUGGCCCUGGUAGCCCGGCAGAGUCUCUGAUGUUAGCCACGUCAGGAGAAGCAUAUGAAGCUGGACCUGAUCGUGAUCGUGAUCCUGAACCCGAACCCGAAACCGAACCCGCACUCGAGCUUGAGCCUGAGUUUGCUGAACCCCCUAGGUCGAAGAAGAAGAAAAAACACCAGAACGCGCGCUUUUGGGAAAGUAUUGAGUGA